GGCUGCAGUGGCACAGAGCGAGGUACGAUUGUUGGGAGAAGACAAGGAAUUGGAUCAAAACAUGUUAGAUGCAAGGUUCAAGAACCCAAAGCUUCGGCUCGAGUGUCAAGCUGCAUAUCAACAAGCAAUUGCCGAAAUGGAUGUGUAAAUGGGACUCGUUGAAGGAUUUCUUGUUAAUUUAUUGUGAUUAUUGCGAAGCAGAAGCUAAGCUAUUUUGUACAUUCGGCGGAAUUUCUAUUGGUCCGAUUCGCAAUCUUGUAUAUGUUUGCUUGUGCUGUAUCGUUCGAUGGUAUCCCUUCCGACGUUUGAACUUUACAAUCUUCUCGAGUUUGCCCUUUGUAUGCUCCACAACGGUAGCGUGGACGCGUACUGUGUCCUUUGGAAGGGUAGGAUCUCCUCGGAGCGUAUACAUCCGCGAACCCACCUCCGAUAUAGCAGACAACGAAAGGAUGUCACCCACCGCCACAUCUUUAAUGCGAGGGACAGUGAGAAGGUCGCGGGGGAGAGGAGGAGUUUACGGCCAAGGAAAUUGGCUAUCACGUAAUGAUUCGGCUCGGAGCGAAUGAGUUCUAGGGCCGCGUUGGUUGAUUCGGGAUUGAAGGGGACGUGCUGGUGGAGCUGGUGGCAAGGGGAGUGUUAGCAUUGACAGUAGAAGUCGCGCUUUUGGCCAAUGUGCUGGAGAACAGAAUAGGUGGCUUUGUGAUCGCCCUGGAGAGUAAUAUUCUCCCAGGAAAAA